CACUGUGUCACCCGCGUCAGUGUGUCAUAGGAGAUAAAAUACAGGGACGCCGUGGCUGUGAGCGGAUCCCCAAGCUAUUUACAGUAUUUUCACGCUUGGUUUUCUUUUCUGUACACGCUUUCCUUUGGUCUUCCGUGAGGUUUUAAGAUGUCCAACACCAUAAGCCAGAAGGAGUACCUCAAAAAGUACCUCAGUGGCAAUGACUUGGACAAGAAGAAGAAAAAGAAAAAGAAGAAAGACAAAGUUUCAUCUCAUAACAAAGGGAUGCGCAUCAUAGAGGACUCGCUGGACCUCAAGACAGUCCCUUAUGGCUACAAGGAUGACGACAACAACCCCACCAUUGCAGAGGUUACCUAUGAUGACCCGAAACUCAAGACCCUGGAGGAGUUUGAGGCCAAUAAGAAGUGGAAAAGGUUAGAGAAACCAGGUGAUGGUUCUUGGCCCAACCGCACUCAAGAUGGGAAGGACUUAUCACCUACCAGAGGAACAAGACACGACUCUCCAUCGCCUCCCAGGAAGGGCAAAGGUGACUUGGGGACUCAAAGGAAAGCUAGACAUGACUCAGAUUCUCCACCCCAAAGGAAGGGUAAAAAUGAGUCACUGUCUCCCAAGAGGAAUAAAAAUGACUCAUCGCCAGUAAGGAGAGGAAGACAUGACUCUGAAUCACCACCAAGGAAAUUCAGACAUGAUGUUGACUCUCCUCGAAGGCCCACACGCGACUCUGACUCAACGCCACCAAGGAAGACCAGGAGCGACUCAGAUGACUCACCACCACGGAGGAAGACAAGACAUGACUCGGAUUCAUCUCCCACGGCUGGAAGACACGACUCAGACUCAUCCGGCAGACGUGAUUCACCACCUAGACGCAAUGCAAGCCCACCGAGGAGAGUCAGACAGGAAUCCGUGUCGCCACCAAGACGCACCAGACAUGACUCGAGGACACCACCCUGGAGAGUACGACAUGAGUCCGACUCACCUCGACCCAACAUCCACAAGACAGGCUCACCAUCAAAACUGACAAGAACGUACAGCGUCUCUUCUGAUGAUGGAGGCUACACCCCCCCGUACCCUCCUCCGGGACGGUCGAGGAAGGAUUCUGAUUCCUCGCUGUCUGAUGGAGAGAAGAAAAACACAAGCACCUCUGCCCCCCCUCAGAGGCCAAACAGACAUGACUCCAGUGCCUCGCCAUCACCACCAGCGAGGAGAAAGAGGUACGAUUCCGACGCCUCACCUCCAAGGAGACACGACUUGGAUGCCUCACCUCCGCGAAGACAUGACUCAGACCUCUCUCUCAAGGGGAGGAAGUUCAGCUCUAACGCCGCUGCCAAACGAAAUAAAUCGUCAAAUAACAGAAACGUAAGUAGUGAUUCAGAUUCAUCAACCUCAGACUCCUCAGACUCACCUCUUACUAAGGUGAAGAAGAAUGGCAAAGAGGCAAAGCUCCCCCAAAAAAGAAAACAGCAACCAAAUGUCAAAGGAGGAGUCAACAAUGCAAGAGCAGCUGACAGAUCACCGAAAAGGAAGCAGUUCAAGGGAGACAAAGAUUCUGAUUCUUCGCCACCAAGGAGAAAGAGACACGACUCUGAUGUGUCUCCUCCAAGAAAGAAGAGAUUUAACUCAGACUCAUCCCCUCCACCAAAACGGUAUGACUCGGAUGCCUCACCACCCAGACAGAAGAGACACGACUCAGAUUCUCCACCACUGAGGAGGAAGAGACAUGACUCAGACUCUUCACCAGUGAGGAAGAAGAGAGGCAGUGACUCCGACACAUCACCUCCUCGGAUCAAAAAGGGAAAGCCAGGGUUUUCUCCACCGCCAAAGAGGAAAGGCGAGGCUCAGGGAGAGGGCGGACAGAUGCGACCAGAACGUAAAAUGACAACGCAGGAAUAUUUGUUAGCAAGAAAGAAAGGUAGGCUGAAGAAGGACACACCAGAGGACAUUGCCAGGAAAGAGAGGGAAGCAGUUCUUCAACAACAGGCUGAGGAGAAGCACCAGCAGUGGAAGCAUGGCGUGAAGCAGGUGCAGGACUACAAGAGAAAGGCAGCAAGCGACGCCCACGAGAUGGGGAAGGCAUUCACCAGGACAGCCGAUGAUGUAGACAUGAAUGCUCACCUCAAGAUGGUGGCACGCAAGGAGGACCCGAUGCUGGAGUACCUGGUAAAGAAGGAUACCAAAGGGAGCAAGAUGCCGGUCAAGCCAGUCUACAAGGGUUCAUUCCCACCCAACCGCCUGGACAUCCGCCCUGGAUACCGCUGGGACGGGGUGGACCGCUCCAGUGGGUUUGAGAAGCGUUGGUUUGAGCACCAGAAUAACAAGAGGGCACACAAUGAGGAAGCGUACAAAUGGAGCGUUUCCGACAUGUAGUUUUGUUGCCGGUGUACUUCAUGUCUUGCUUUCUUUUCCACUAACAGCAUUUUUUUAACUCUUUGCCUCUUCCCAACUUUUGAGAAGGCAUGCAUGUAAGAAAAACAACAAUAAUACUAUGUGCAAUGUGGCAUCCAAUAAAACAUGUAAGAAACUGCAUAGUAGUAAAAAUAAAAUAAGGCCUGUUCUGAUUUCUGUUUCAUAAUAAUCUAAGACAUGAAGAUAGAGGACAUGAAAAUAAUAAGGAAACAAAGUACAAGAAUGAGACAACCUUAUUCUCUUUCUCCUUCCACUGUAGUGUACACACUUGGAAGAAAAGUUUCCAGUCCUUUGCCAAGGUACUUGGCUUGUUUGUUGAUUAUUAUUAUAAUUAUUAUAAUUAUUAUUUUCAUUACUAGUCUCCAAUGAGCAUUUUGUAAACCUAACAUGAUUGUUGGUUACCUCUCAUUUACCAUGGUCAGAUCACGUGCGGGACUCGUGAUCACCAGCCAGCAUCCUCCUUAUUUUGAGCUUGAAGCUAUAUAUUCAGGGAUUUUUGGGUACGGCUGAGACCUCACAUCACACCCAGGAGGCAGGAUACCUGACACAGUACCCAUUCACUGCUGGGUAGACAGGUGACAUGGAUGAGAGGUGACCGCCCAGCUGUCUAUACUCCACCCGGGAAUCAAACCCUCGACCUCUCAGUUGUGAGGCAAGUAUGCUAACCACUGCACUGCAGAGCUCCAUGUGCAUCCAUGAACAUGUAUGGUCAAGUGGCUAUUACUUUUGUAUUUAUUGUUGUUGAUUAUGUAAUACUAUGGUCAUUUUCUUUCUCAUCUCCAUUUGUAUGUGAAGUAUUAUGCUUCUUUUAUUCCAUGUUUGAACAUUAUCAUUUCAUGAAUUGUUCUACUGUUAAUGUAUUCAUGAGUUGAUACUGGAAAAUAUUUCACAUUGCAAAUUAAUCUUAAUAAAUCACUCCUUGUGAAUACAUAGUGGAGAGAAUAGAUGAACAUCUAAAAGAACCCAUGUAAUUAAGAGGACAAGGAAACCUAUGAAGCAUUUUAAUUGGAUAACUUAAAACUGCAUCACCAAGUUUUUGUUUGACACUUUGUGCAACAGAUGAACCAAAAGUGAGCAAAAGUGCAGUUUAUGCACAUAGACAGUCUUGACGGCUGCAUAGUUGUGUUAUGUUACAAUGUGCCCCAUGUUAUGACACUGAAUUAGCAGAUUAACUAAAUGUUUGAAGUUUAUGUAUUGUGAUAGUGUGAAUUGACCUAAAAUUUGUAAAUUCACAUUGUAUUAUAUGAUGAAAUGUAA